AUCGCCAACAACACUUCUAGCAGCACGAUCUCAGACAACGCCAAGAUUCCAUGUGUUUCGAUUAUUUGAAAAUGAAAACCCCGUCGCGGCUGAGUUGAAACAUCACCAAAAUGAACCCAUCGCACAGAGCGCUCCUGCUGGAGACGACCGACACCAUCCUGCAGAUGGCACGCAUCGCUCGAAGCCAGGAUACAAAACCGGAAGAUAAGAUAUUCUACAGUCAUCUAGCCUCGUACUGCAUGCGAAUAAAAUGUCACGCUACUUCCUGGACGGAAAUGGCCGCGGAUCCUCAUGGCGGGCUGAUCUCACAGACAUUGGGUCACUUAGGGACGUUAUUUCCUGAAGUUUGUCUUUUUGGAACAUCAACUGUUGGUUUCAUGUCGUUUGUUCAAGCCCACUUGACAUCCAUAAAUAAAUCCUGGAACGAAAUCUACAAGCAUAACGAGCACGCCAGGCAUGGGUUCAUCCAACAGUGGCUACGGUCCGCAAUGCCUACACCCCAACGACUUGCGCUCGAGCUAGCUUUAGAGUCUUGUGCAGACGAGUUCGAAAAGCACCAAACCGAACCAAAGUCAUCGCUCCCCUUGUCGCUAUUCAAACCUUCCACCCACAACGAGCCUUCGUAUACAGUGCACAAGGCAGCGCACUCUAUAUUCAACGCGCUGCGUAGCUGCAACAGAUGUGCUUGCUCCUGUCAGCACAGUUUCGACGCCAAGCUUGAACUUGGAACUUACAGGAAGCCCAACAAUACGCCUAAAAAGCGAACACCAUUCAGAACUCGCCCGAAAUCCAACGCAGCGGAAGACGAAAGCGCCGAUGUGGAUUUCGACAUGUUCCUUUCCACGGACCAAGACUGGCAUGAAAUUCGCAUCCAAGCUGUCAAGAGUAAGGCAGUUUCAUUCGCCCCUGUAGGAAAUGCAGACUCAACGAUGCCCCCACAUGAGCACAGCAGUAGCAGCGACAGCUCAGGGAAGAUUGAUACACUCUGUAUGCCUAUCCAUAAGAAGAAGGACAAGCUGUGGCAACGCCUGGUGCUUAAGAUGAAUAAGGAGGAGCUCUUUGAGAAGGGCUUUGAGAAGAGCAAUUUUCAAGUCGACUCCAGCGUGGAACCAAUAUCUCUGGCACAAUGCCUAACACAACACCGCGAAUACUUUACUGAAAAGACGAGGCGGAUACUCUCUUUAAUCCUGGGUUAUACUGUGCUUCACUUACAUGGCACACCAUGGCUGGCACCGGGAUGGGAUUCGACUAGCGUCAAGUUCUUCCAAACCACAUCUUCUAAAACACCACUACGACCCUUUAUCCAAACUAAACUGCCCACCAAUAACCCUACAUCCGACAUCGAAAUCCACAUUUGCGAUACCAACACAAGUCUAUCGGAGAUAUGGUGCGAACUAGACAUGCGCCAUUGCUGCCCAGUGGUGAUUUCUCUAGCUGUCAUGUUAUUGGAGAUACAUUUUGCUAGGCCGUUUACAGAGUUGGCGAAAAAGUACAACGUGGAGCUUACAAGUUUGCCUGGUGCCCCAAUCUCGCCGCUCGAUUUGCACCAAGUAUUCAACGGCGAUGAAGAGGAGGGCCAACUUGGCGCAAAAUCCGAGAUUCCCGAGGAUUCUGCUUUGGUCAAAGCAAUAGAAAAUUGCUUGGAUGACUCACUGUGGGAGGAUGAAGAUCGUCAGCCGCUCGAUAAUACAACCCUCCGAUCAAGGAUCUACCAGGAGAUCGUGUCGUUGCUAGAACUUCACUUGACGAAAGGGUUCAGUCAGAUUCCCCUUGACAGCAUUGACCAAUGCGCAAGGGACCUGGACUUUGGAAAAUGGGGCCUGAAUGUGGCAGGUCGGGAGAAUGCCAACGAAAGCAGGCAGUCUUUAGUGCAAGCGACGCCGGUUCCCAACUUGCCUCUCCCGGCACACUAUUCGCUAAGCGUAGCUGCAGCUGCAGCUAACUCGACCGCACAAACGCUUUGGAAUACAGCGUAUUUUUAUCAAGGCGCCCCAAACCCGACCCAAUACGCAAUCUCGAAUCCCGGGUCACUGCCCAUACCGGAGUAUGAUUAUAGAGAGUCGCAGUUCUUUGACGACCAAAUCGCCGGUGCAUCUACAGCAGACACAACUAAAUACUUGUCGUGGAAAGAUGAGUACGUGAAGGUUUACGAAAAGUUCAUCUCAAAGGGGCUUGACAGCCAUCUCACAGGUGCUAUUAAAGUCGCUAUUCUGGAUACUGGUAUUGAUCGAAACCAUGACCUCAUCGAUGGCCGAGAAGAAAACAUCAGAGGUAAAUACAAUCUUUAUGACCCGCCCCGGAAAACCGUAAAAGACGAGAACGGACACGGAACUUUCAUUACGAGCUUGAUUCUGGAUUACGCCCCGGAUGCCGAGCUUUACAUUAUCAAGAUCACCGGUAAAGCGAAUGCUAGCCCAGACGGGAAUGUUGUUGCUCAGGUAAGAAAAUCUCGAAUUAGCCAAAGAGGGUUGCGGACUCAUCUGACUUUUUUACCCAGGCUAUCCAAUAUGCUGUAGACGAAUGGGACGUCGACAUUAUAUCCAUGUCGUUCGGAUGGCCAUCAGAGGAUUUUGAUGGAUUCGAGCUGGUAGAAGAGGCAAUCGACACGACCUAUAGCAAUAAAGUGCUAAUGUUUGCUGCUGGCUCUAACAGCGGCGGCAAAACUGGCCGAGCGUAUCCAGCCAGCAGUCCGCAUGUCAUCUGCGUGCACUCGACGAAUACAUAUGGCUGUGCGUCAGACUUUAGCCCAACAGCAGAGCGUAACGCCGUCAACCUGGCGACUGUUGGUGAGUCGGUACAGUCGGCAUGGCCAAGCGCUCCAGAUGGAAUCGCCUCUCGAUCAGGCACAUCGUACGCCACACCCAUUAUGGUUGGCAUUGCUGCUUUUCUGCUGCAGUAUGCGCGCAUUCAUUGUUCGGCAAAAGUGGCAAGAAGCCUGAAGCGGCGAGACAAGAUGGAGGCACUCCUGCAGAGGGUCGCUAUGCGAGCACAUAACCGCAAUGAUAGACAGCGGGAUGACUAUUGCUAUGUCCAGCUGAGUCUGCAGAAGCAUAACUUGUUUGGGCAAAAGUUGGAGUAUAUCAAUGGGGAGAUUGAGAUGGCAAUAUCCGCGUGAAAUAGUUGUACGUAUAUACCAAUGUGCAAAUGAAACAUGUCACAUAUCCAGCUUCCGAUAUCAUCUUUAGCUAUAACGUCGCCACUAACGGGCACAUAGCUGGUGCUCUAGAUGGUCUUAUCAGCUCUUUUAUUUAUCAAC